GGGUAAGGUAACGGCGUCACAGUUCCGCUGCUGCUCUCGACGCCUCACGACGAAAUCGGGAGAGUGUCCGCGUUCGAGGGAUUUCUUGGGAUCCAAUCGAAGAGGAGGAUUUGGGAGGCGGAAGUGGGAGUAAGGGCGAUGGCCAUGAGAGAUCUUAUUUCCGGAGGGGCGGCGUGUGCCGUCCCCGGCAGCGCCUCCCCUUCGAAUCCCUUUGGCGCCCUCGCCAACGCGAUCCUCGGAUCAUCGUCCAAAACCCAGGAGCUAAAGGGAUUACCAGGAACCGCUAUCAGUGUGCCCGGUUCUUCACCAGACUUUAGAUCUGAAGCUCCUUUGUCCACUAUACCAGGUUUUGAAAAUGAGGGUCAGCAGCAACAGCAACUACAUGGGCAUAACUCUGAGUUUAUCAAUAAUUUUCGCUCCGCCAAUGAUGGGGUUCUUGCAGAUGCUUGGAAGGAAAUUCGGCAACCUCCUCUUCACACGCGGGUCAGCGAAAUUGAACCUCGGUUUCAGGAAUUUGAACAAAUAUAUAACCGUGGGCUUCCUCCUGUUUGGGAUGGGCCACCACAAGGCGUUUUAUCUAGAUUUCUGCAUUCCUUUGUAGACAGUGGGCGCGCAGGUGUUCCAUUUCAUCCUGCAACACUACCUGUUCUUGGAUUAUCUCAAGGUGACAAGCAAUGCAUACGUGAUAGGAGCUUCAUAAUGGCACACCACAUUUUUGCUGAUAAGAGUGAAGAUUACAUUAAUGCACAGGUAAAUGCUUUGCUACAUUCGCUAGAUAUUGAUGGCAACCAAGGCCUCAGGGAACCCAUGCGUGGACAAUUUCGAGAGCUGGAGGAAUAUUGGACUGAAACUCAAGGUUCCCUGAGAUCUGGGAUGCCUAAUUUUGCUGCUGAUAAAUGGGCUUCUGAAUUUGCUCAACAAAGGGCAAGUGGGGAUCCUGAGACAUGGGCUCACUCUUUUGAACAACAGCAUGGCAUCAAUGGUUGGGCAUCUGAAUUUGAACAGGAACAGUCUCAGUUGGCAAGAAUUGGCCAGGUCAGAGGUGCAAACAUGUCGCAAAUAGCAGCAAUGGAACAAUCACGAAUGCUUGCACAUACAUUGGCACAAAAUGACGAUCCAAAAUUUCAGAAUUCAAAAUUCCUCCAGUUUGUUUCAAAGAUGAGCAGAGGUGAGCUUAUAGUUGAUGAGAACCAAAUCAAACCAGCCACUGGAUCCAUUGCUAAUAAUUGGGUCGAUGAAUAUCAAACACAACAUAGUGCUGGCCCCAGCUCUUGGGCUGAUCAGUUUGUGCAGGAAGAGCUUCCACAAGGAAGGGAAACAUGGGCAAAAGAGUUUGCCAAGGAAUAUACACAGCAGGUUGUUGAUGAUAAGUGGGUUAACGAGUUUUCCAAGUUGCAUGUCCAUGACUGGGCUGAUGAAUUUGGACAGCAGCUUGCUAAUGGAGCUUUUGGUGAAAGUACAGCUGACGAUUGGGCAAAUGCAUAUGACAAGUAUCUCGAUGAGCAACUUGUGGCUUCUAAACAAGGAUCUAGUGCUUCAAGAGGGGUCUAUGUUUUCGCUGAUAUGAAUCCUUAUGUUGGCCAUCCCAAUCCUUUAAUAGAAGGACAGGAGCUGUUUCGUAAAGGGCUUUUAAGUGAAGCUGUUCUUGCACUAGAGGCUGAAGUUCUGAAGAACCCAGAUAAUGCUGAAGGCUGGAGAUUGCUGGGAAUUACACAUGCUGAGAAUGAUGAUGACCAGCAGGCUAUAGCAGCCAUGAUGCGUGCUCAAGAAGCUGAUCCCAGAAACCUAGAAGUUCUCCUUGCACUUGGAGUGAGCCACACAAAUGAACUUGAGCAACCGGAGGCAUUGAAGUACCUCUAUAUGUGGCUUCAAAACCAUCCAAAUUAUGGUGUUUUAGUUCCACCACAGUUGGCAGAUUCUCCAUAUCAUGCCGAUGUUGCAAGGUUGUACAAUGAGGCAGUUCAAAUGUCUCCCGAGGAUGCUGAUGUCCACAUAGUUUUAGGAGUCUUGUACAAUUUGUCAAGGGAAUAUGAUAAAGCCAUAGAGUCCUUCCAAACAGCAUUAAAACUAAAGCCUCAUGAUUAUUCACUAUGGAAUAAGCUUGGUGCAACACAAGCAAACAGUAUCCAGAGUGCUGAUGCCAUAUCAGCCUACCAACAGGCACUAGACUUGAAGCCCAAUUAUGUUCGUGCGUGGGCAAACAUGGGUAUAAGCUAUGCAAAUCAGGGUCUAUAUGAAGAAUCUAUCCGAUACUAUGUUAGGGCACUUGCUAUGAAUCCAAAAGCAGAUAAUGCCUGGCAGUAUUUGAGGAUUUCUCUCAGCUGCGCUUCUCGCAAUGACAUGUUUGACGCCUGCGACUCUCGAAACCUUGAUAUUCUCCAAAAAGAAUUCCCACUCUGAUUCAAUUCUUCCAUUGUGGAGGGUUUUAAUGGACAAAUAUGGGACUUAGCCUUCUGAUUCUUUAACUCUGGGUUGCCGUCCCGUUUUAAGUUAACAAAAAGAAGGGGCAUCUCGAUGAGGCAUAUUUUAGAGUGUCAAGUACAUGACAAAGCUUAUCGAUACAUCAUGCCCGUAGCUUUGAGUUGAACAUGCUGAUGUACUACUGUCCCAGAAUAUGCACACAUAUUGCCAUGAAUGCAGUCCCUGAAUCACUCAAGAUUAACUUCAUGGUUAAAAAGGUCGCUUGUAGAAUGUGAAUUCACGUACGUCUCCAUUUAUCUCCCUUAUCAACAAUCAAUAAAUGCUACUUUGUCAAGCUUUGUAAUUGUCAUCAUUCAAUAAUCAUACUUAAAUGUAAAAUCUUUGUUAA